AUGGAACAAUUUUAGCUAAUCCCAAGACAACAUUUAUUACUCCACCAGGAACCGGGUCUUAGACCAAAUGAAACAGCAAUUCAUCAUAGAGAAAAAAUUUUAGGUUUAAUUGAUGAAGCCUUAAAAGAAGCUAAUUUAACUUUGAAAAAUAUAAAAUUAAUAGCAUAUACAAAAGGACCAGGAAUGGGUCCUCCUUUAAGCAUAGGUGCAAUAGUUAGCCGAACAUUAAGUUUAUUACAUAAUAUACCAUUAAUAGGAGUAAAUCAUUGUAUUGCACAUAUUGAAAUGGGUAGAUUAGUAACAGGUAUAAAUCAUCCAACAGUAUUAUAUGUAUCAGGGGGAAACACAUAGGUAAUUUCUUACUCAAGUAAUAGAUAUAGGAUAUUUGGAGAAGCUUUAGAUAUUGCAGUAGGUAAUUGUCUUGAUAGAUUUGCAAGAAUUAUUAAUUUGUCAAAUGAUCCUGCUCCAGGAUAUAAUAUUGAAUAAUUAGCUAAAAAAGGCAAAAAAUUUAUUUAAGUACCUUAUACUGUAAAAGGAAUGGAUAUGAGUUUUUCGGGUAUUUUAAAUUUCUUUGAAGAUAUUGUACAUUAAUAUCCUCAUUUAAAUUAUGAUGAGACCGAAAAUUAUAAACAAAAUUAAAAUUACGAUGAUGAAAAUAGAAAAAGGAAGCUUAUUAAAAAAAAAAUUUCAAAUAAAAAAAUUUAAAAUAUACCAAAAGAUAUUACUAGAGAAGAUUUAUGCUAUUCUUUAUAAGAAACUAUUUUUGCAAUGCUAACUGAAGUUACUGAAAGAGCUAUGGCUCAUUGCAAUUCUAAAGAAGUUAUUAUUGUCGGAGGUGUAGGUUGUAAUUUAGGAUUAUAAGAAAUGAUAUAAGAAAUGGUGAAAUAAAGAGGGGGUUAAAUUGGUGCUAUGGAUCAUAGGUAUUGUAUUGAUAAUGGUGCUAUGAUUGCUUAUGCUGGAUUACUUGAAUACUAAUCUGGUGGAAGGAUGGAUUUUAAAGACUCUUAUUUUACUUAAAGAUUUAGAACAGAUGAAGUAUACGUUUCUUGGAGAAAAGACUGAAUAUUUGUAUUUAUUAAUAUAUUUUUUAUUUAUUU